UUUAUAAGGCCACUGCCCUCCCACGUUUUUGAACCGGACCGCCUCACAUAGGCAGCCUUUGUAACCCUAUCCCACAUCGCCCCCCUUCGCCUCUAUUACGAUGUCCACUCCGGCACCACCACCAUUUCUUAGGCCAGCACCGAUCAACUCUCCGCGAGCUGGCGGCGCACGAGGAGUUCCCCGGCUCGGCCUUGCGAUCCCCGGGAGUGCUCCCGCCGCCCCCGCCAAUGGCAUGGGUCCGGUCCCCGGACGUCGUGGCCCCCCUCUACUGAAGCUGGCAACCCCGCAGCCGCGGGCACAGGCCGGAGGAAAUGUUCCACAGUCUGCAACUAGCCAGUACUCUGCGUUGAGCUUUGCCAUGGGCCUGCGAAACCAAGUGCGCGGAUCCCCGAACGAUCCGAAGCCUACAAAUGGGAACAGCGCCUUGGACGAUCUCGACAAUAAGGUGCCAGACGAGAAUGUGGACUACGAGAGUAUGGAUGUCGAGCUGCUGCCCGUUGAGGGCUGGAAGAAGGCUAGGGAAACCGGCCGUAUCAUUGAGCUUGGAAGUCUGGGAGAGGGCGCCGGAGGUGCGGUCACGAGGUGUACGCUGAGAGGAGGAAAGACGGUGUUCGCUUUGAAAGUCAUAACCACAGAUCCUACACCGGAAGUGCGAAAGCAGAUCUUCCGCGAGCUCAACUUCAAUAGGGAAUGUUCGUCACCAUAUAUCUGCAAGUACUACGGAGCAUUCACAGAUAUCACCUCCGGCACAAUAUCAAUUGCGAUGGAGUUCUGCGAGGGAGGCUCCCUGGAUAGCAUCUACCGGGAAGUCAAGAAGCUGGGAGGGCGAACUGGGGAGAAAGUCUUGGGGAAAUGUGCUGAGGGCGUUUUGGAGGGCCUCACAUAUCUGAGUGCACGGAAGAUUAUUCACAGAGAUAUCAAGCCGUCGAACAUUCUCAUUACCCGGGCCGGGCAGGUGAAGCUGUGCGAUUUCGGUGUCUCGGGCGAACUCAUCGGCUCCAAGGGCAAUGCCGAUACGUUCAUCGGAACCUCUUACUACAUGGCACCGGAACGAAUCCAGGGCCUCUCUUACACAAUCACCUCCGAUGUUUGGUCACUGGGUGUUACUCUGCUGGAGGUGGCACAGCACCGAUUCCCCUUCGGUCAGACGGAAGAGGGCAGCGGACAUGCACGGGCUGGCCUGAUCGAUCUUCUCACCUACAUCGUCCGACAGCCGAUUCCCGAACUCAAGGAUGAGCCGGAGCUUGGGAUCAAGUGGAGUGAUGGCUUCAAGUACUUCAUCUCGUGCUGCCUCGAGAAGGAUACCGCACGACGAGCAAGUCCUUGGAGGAUGUUGGACCACCCAUGGAUAAUGGAAAUGAAGCACAAGAAGGUCAACAUGGCGAAUUUCCUCGCACAAGUGUGGGACUGGAAAUGAGAUCCCUGACUCGCCCCCUCCCUUCAUCCUGACUACGACGUAUACGAAACGGAUCUAUUGUUGGGGCACUGCUGCUUUUGGUUUUCUGUUUCUGUUUCUUUUUUCCGCAUGAAUUUUGGAUAUCUUGGGUCGUAUGGGGUUUUUUUUACUUCUCCUUCUUUAUCGUGACAGCUUGCUCUACCUCCCUUGUCAUCCCUUU